UCCCGCCGUGGCUUCAAAUGCCAAUGCCAAUAGCGGGAGCGAUGGCAUUGGAUGGUCCUCGCCUGGAUUUAUCAUGAAACUUUGCAGCUCGCGCUCGACGCAUUGAAUUGUGUAUUCACACCCUCUGCCCUGGUCGUCUGCUUGCACAGAACCCCUCGGGUCUGUUGUCGUCCGCUCAGCCUGCCGUUGCCACGCCAUUUGCGUCUGCUGCUGCAACUACCACCAUAACUAGCACCAACAACCGAGGAGGCCCUGCAUUUCCGAGUGCUUGAUUUUUGAGUAGUGAAGUGAUGCUAUCUAUUGUCAGCGAGGGUGUGCCGCAGAGCUAGUUGUUGGAAGCAGCUGGAGAGACUCGGGCGUUUGCUGCAUGUUGAUGUUGCUGGUUGUUAGUUCGGGUGGAGGAAAGGUUGGUGUAUGAACAGGUACGAGCUGAGCAUGUGGAGGUUAAGCUGCCAGCAUCCUAGACCUUUUCCGAUCUGUAGAGCCUCAACGACCGUCAGCGUUGGCACAUAGAAAUAUUCAGCCUCUGGGAUUGUUGUAGAAGUUCCAGCUAUUUGCCACUUUCGUUUCCAUAUUCUAAGUGGAUUUCUCAAAUUAGGAGGUCUAGUUCUUGCUCAGCGCUGGUGCACACUUAUAGAGGCAAUUGCAUGCACUUAAAGGCAGCGGUACAAUUUCGCACUGCCACGCAUUGUCUAUUUACGGUCUUGUGGAUGAUAGGUUGAUGGUAGUUGGUGCACGCUCACAAGAGAUUUUCGAGUGAUUAACUGGACAGGUCUCUAAAAAGGUAAAAUUAUAAUUCAGUGAAGGAGUAAUACAUUCCUCUAAAUGGAAGCAGCGUGGAAAGCUCCUGUGUCAGUUAUGAAUUGCAGCUCGACCCUUUCGCAUCACUUGAACUCGGUUAAGACAAGGAUCUCAGAAUGCCGCUUAGCAGGUGAACUCGGACGCCAACAUCUGGCAUGCAAAACUAAGACAAUCUCAUUGAAGCGCCUGAAAUCGAUUAAGAGAGGAGGUCAGCUUUGGAGCCUCGAUUUUCACAGUGAAGGUACGGCAGGUGUUGAGGAUUCUCUUCCCAAUAAGAGUAACACUGAUGUUAGAAAAGUCCCUGUGGAAAUGGCUGCGAAUGAUGGUCACCGUAGCAAUUUAAACGGAUUCCCCAUUGAUUCGAAAGACGUUGACAAGGGAGAUGCAGUGAAUGGUGACGUGGCAAAUGAGGUUUGCCACACGUUUUCUGGUGACGCAAGCUGUCCAGUGGUGUACACUUCUGUCCAUGGAGUCUCUAGAAAAGGAUCGACAAAUGGGAGCACUGUGAGAAAAACUUCACGAACUGACUCCGCGAAUGGACGUGCGACCUUCUCUGGUGUUUCGCCACUUAAUGGAUCAACCAACGGUUCUGUGGGGAACGGUGAUUCAAUUUGUGCUGGACAGGGGGACGCGGUCAACGUACGUUCUACCUAUGGAACGCUUUUAAAUGGUAGUUCCGUAAAACAUUUGUCGAAGAAUGGAACUCUUAAUGAAUACUCCAAGACUACCUCUGCUGACAAUUCCGUUACCAAGGUUCCAGAAUUGGAGAGGCUUGUUCAAGCUCCCUUGAACGCGCCUUCGGAACAGGUUGACAACGAAGCUGCGGUGGAUCGCGUCCACCAAUUAGAGGAUCCAUUGGUGCUAGCUUUGGGUUUGACGCCCGUUAAGCCGGAAACCACAGCUACCGUCGCAAAUGAUGUAGGUCAGCGCGUGGGCAAUGCUGCAGUCGAGAAAUUCAGGGAUGCUGGAGCUGGUGGUGGACUGGGCAUAGUGGAAUUUCUGAAGGGGAAAAAUCUCCUUGUUACAGGAGCAACGGGAUUCUUGGCAAAGGUCAUGGUGGAGAAGAUUUUGAGAGUCCAACCCGACGUUGGACAACUGUACCUGCUCAUCCAACCACAGAAAGACGUCACAGUCGAGGAGAGACUCAAGAAUAAUGUUAUCAAUUCUCCGCUGUUUAAAGUGCUCAAGCAGAUCUACGGAGAUGACUACGAGGAAUUUAUGAAUAAAAAGCUUACCGCAGUCAGCGGCACCAUUUCCACUGACGGUCUUGGGAUCGAAAAUAUUGUGUCGGAGGAUAUUUCCAAACAAGUACAAGUUAUAGUAAAUUCAGCAGCGAUAACCACUUUCGAUGAGAGGUACGAUAUCGCACUGAACGUCAACACACAGGGUCCUCGACGCAUCAUCGAAUUCGCAAGGGGCUGCCCCAAUUUGCAACUCUUCCUCCACAUCUCCACUGCGUUCGUUAACGGCCAAAGGCAGGGCGCCACUCCUGAGAAGCCUUUUAAGAUGGGUGACAGCAUCGCCAAGGAGAUGUCCCAUGACCGCAUUCCAGAGCUCAACGUUGCAGCCGAGCUUGAGCUCUGUGCGAAAACGUUACAAGAUGCGACGGCUGAAGUGAGCCUAACUAACUUAUCAGCGGACAAGAAGCUGCAAGUUGUGGGCAAAAAAAUGAAAGAGUUGGGCAUGACUAGAGCUAAACUUUUUGGGUGGCAAGAUACAUAUGUCUUCUCAAAGGCUAUGGGUGAAAUGCUGGUUGAAUCUCUACGUGGUAAUAUGCCAGUGGUUGUCUUACGACCUAGUGUGGUGGAGAGCACGCUCUCUCAACCUUUUCCCGGUUGGAUGGAAGGACUUCGAAUGAUGGAUCCUAUUGUGGUGGCUUAUGCGAAAGGUCAGAUGACUGGGUUCCUUGCAGAUCCUCGAGGGGUAUUGGACGUGAUCCCAGCCGACUUAGUUGUCAAUGCCCUUUUGGCAGCCAUGACGAAACAUGCUCAAACACCACGACUUAAAGUGUAUCAAGUGGCAUCGUCUGUGGUGAAUCCUAUGAGUUUCAACAUUUUGGCAGAUGUAUCACUGGAGCUGUUUACAAAAGAUCCCAUGAUGGACAAAAAUGGCCAACCGAUAAGAGUUCAGCGAAUGAAUUUUGUGCAAAGCAUGACUGCAUUUAACCUUUACUUGUGGUUUGUCUAUCAGCUACCUCUGAAGCUGUCAAAGCUGUUUCCUUGGCAGAGAAAGGGGAAGUCAUUUGCAAGGCAGGAACUCAUUGUUAAAAAAACACUUGAGCAAUUUAAGUACUUAGCAUAUAUUUACAAACCUUAUACGUUCUAUUCUGGCAGGUUCGGAAUAGAGAACACUGAAUCUCUGUUGAAGGAGCUGUCCGAGGAAGAACUCGAAUCGUUUGCUUUCAAUGUUCGACAAAUCGACUGGGCAGAUUACCUCUAUAAUAUCCAUAUUCCUGGAUUGCGUAAUUAUGUGCUGAAAGGACGUGGAACAACAAACUGAAGCUGAAAAUGCAGGUCAGGCCCAGAAUGGUGUGCUGAUUGUUUAGAUCGUAGACAGGAGACUCAGGUUGAUAUGUACGGAAUACUAUAGAUUGAAAUUCAUCCCCUUGGAAGUGUCUCUAAUGCAUGAGGCCAUCCCCUUCCUCAAUAACUUUAUAAGCUAGAGCCACUGCCUAGAAACUGUCAACAAUGUGGUAUGAGGUCCCAUGAAAUUAGAGACUUGCAGCCUCGCUGCGAAAGCAAUCGGAGCAAAGCUUUGGAGGUGCCAGCUUGGUGAUAAUCAUAAACCUUAGUUUGCACUAUAUAUAUAUAUCUAUAUAUAUAUAUCUAUAUAUAUAUAUCUAUAUAUAUAUGUAUCAUCUAUAUAUAUACAUAUAUAUAGAUAUAGAUAUCCCAGUUAUGUGGGUGUGAAUGGAAGGAGAUAUCAGAAUCUCUACUCUAGGGUUCAAGUCCUCCAGCAGGAAGUCCGCUUGCCCUCUGUAAAUUGGUAGGUAGGGGUGAGACGACUUUUGUCAGACCAGCUCAAUAAUUACCUUUCAAAUUGGAAAGUAGCAGCUGUACUUUUGAACAGCUAUUUUAUACGAGUUCGAGGGUGAUUGCGAUGCCCAUUGUUGAGCCCAGUCUCACAAUCUCGUUGCGUAACCAUACUGCACUUACAAUGCUAAUGAUGACGAUGUUCCAGAGAGGGUGGACACAGUCAUUGUCAAUGCAGGCAUCCUGAGCUCUCUGGUCCAGUUGUCCCCCCUAAUGCAACUUGGAGCUUGUUGACGAUAUUGCUGAGCUGGUUCGUGACUCCCAAUUCCAUCUCCAAGAGGAUUAUUGGAGGCCAUCAUGAUCGUACCGUCGUCCAGUGAGGAAGGGAGAGCGAGAGCUGUGGUGGACUUCUCUGUGGAUUGAUUUGGUUUCCAACGCGUCGCCUACUAUCCCCUUGUUCAUGCAGGAGGCAGUUCUACUCUUAGCUAGCAAGAAUUCAUGGUGAAAACGUAAUGCCGAUAAGAAGAUUCGAAAGAAGCUCAUGCGUCGUUAAAACAUGUCUGAAAUUAAUUGCAAUGUGCAGGUUUGAUAGGACUCAUUCAUAGUUGAUUGUGUAGUUUGGUUGUUUAUAUGUGUGUACAUUUAUGUAUUUCUCUCUCAAGUGUCUAUAGAUAGAUGGAUAGAUCCCUUCUCCAAUAUACAGGUGUGAGACAUUAUUUUAUUUUUGUUAAUAUUUCAGAUAUGUUAAAAUAUAAGUUUGAUAUAAGAU